UGGGGAGGCUUUUAGGAUGGUUUUUGUGCUCUGUGCCCCGUUCUCUGACUGUGCCUUGUUUUUAUCCCCAAACUUCUAGGGUCCAAAAAAGCAAAAGCAGGUAGGUGGCAGCGUUACCCAUCCAGUGCACCACGAAGUACUAAAAAAUCGCACUUGUAGUUGUAACAUCUACUUUCUUGCCACAUCCACAUAUUCUUCAGUUUCCAGGUUAAAAACUAGCUUUCUUUAUUCAGGAAACCCAACAUUGAAUUAUAUGAGGGCUGCUUUGAAAGUAGUGCCUCCUGUUUUAUUAUGUUGGCCCAUGACAUCAGGCAGAUGUUGGUGGUGUGGCAGCAAAAAGUUAAACCUUCCUGCCAAUAUCCCAUUACAUUUUGUUGCUGUGAGGCAGAUGGCAGCAGAGGGACAGCCUGACAAAAGGGCAUCUGACAGGGAAGUGCAGAUGAAGCAAAGGGAUGGCACUGAAUUUGUCCAUGCGGAACAAAUGGCCCCCACUGACGCUCAGCAGCACUCGGUGAAUGUUUAUGGAGAGCAGCAGUGGAUGUGAGCACAGAGAGGCAGUGUGUGUGCGUUUCACUAGUGGCAGCUAUGAUGUGAAUGACGAGCCUCAUUCGGGAUGGCCGUACACAGCUGGCACACCACUAAACAAAGCAUCGCAGUCAGCUCAUCUGCACCAACUGACAGAGUAUAUGACCAAGGAACUGUGUACAGAGCGAAAUACCUGCUUCAAGUGUGCAGAAAACAAUGGUGGCAGUGUUGGAAUAUUGCAAAGUUUGUGCCAGGUGGGUCCCACAAAUGCUCACACAGUAACAGAACAUUGUAUGCAAGUUGGUCAGGACAUACAGAACUAAUACAAGGCCAAAGAUCACAGUUUCCAGGAUCACAUCAUUACUGGUGGUGAUAUGUUGUGUCACCACUAUAAGCCAGAGUCAAAAUUACAGCUGAUGAAGUGAAUGUGAAUUGCCCAUUGAAGAAAAAGAUCAAGAUGCAGCCCUUGGCAGGUAAAGAGAUAUGCACUGUCUUUUGGGAUAGGAACAAAGUGAUCCUUCUGGAUCUCCUGGAAUGUGGACAAACCAUUGUCUGAGCACUGUGUCAAUGAACUACUACGCUUGAACUUCCAGAGUCAGGCCAGAGAAGAAGACAACCUUUCUUCUGCAAUGUGAUAGUGCCGGUGCCAUAGCAGUUGGAAGGCUAUGGAGUACACUGCCUAUCUUGGCUGGACUGUUCUAACAUACCCAUCACAUAGUCUGGACUUGGUUCCUUCUGACUUCAUGUGAUCAGGCCGACAAAAGAUGGAUUCUCUGGGCAAUGUUUCCCUAGCAGCAAUGCCAUCACAGCAGCUGUGAAACUGGGGUCACCACAGCAUGCACAGCAUGCAGGCUCUUGUUCCUUGCUGCUGAAACUGCAUAGCUAAUAGUGGUGUCUCUGUUGAAGAAGUGUUUUGUAGCUGAGAAUUUGCUCUAUCAAACAAUGUUACUGUGGUCUUUGUAUAUGUUGUAGUUUCCAUGGAAAUAAAUGGGAGGCAAUGCUUUCAGGGCAACCUAUGUGUAACAGCUACAGGAGCAUGCGUUGCACCGUGAAAAUGGGAAGAAAAAUGGAUUUGGGUGUGCAUUGAAAUUCUGGAGGUUUCAGUGACUGUGUGGGAAGUCUAAAAUCUUUAUUCAGGUUUCACAUUAGAUGGGCAGAAUUAUAGAGGUUCAGAGGCUCCCCAGAUGAAUUAAAAUAAUACUGACGUUUGGUUUCUUUUAAUUUAUUGCAAACAUUAAGAAGUCCGGUGGAAAAAAAGCUGAGAAACUGAGAUUACAGAAAGAAGAGGAGGAAAGGAGGCUGAAAGAGGAAGGAUCGAGAACGAAGGGAAGAUGAACUAGCUGAACUUAAUUCAAUGCUAGAGAAGUUUAUGUGUGCACAGAGGAAGAAAACAGAAGAUAGAGCUUAUGAAAAGUGGGAGCGUUAUAUUGCUUGUGAUGAAAGUCCUGACCCAACUGUACUGCAGGAAAUAAAUACUUUCAUGAGCUUAUGGCGUGAAGAACAAAAUGAGGACAUUCAGUUUGUGAUGGAGAAGGGAGAACAGGUGCUAAAUUUCAUUGAGAAGUUGCAGUUUCUUUUGCUGGACGCACCACCAAGUGAGGUAACAGAAAAAGAAACAGCUCAGUACCAGGAAACGAUUCUGGAUUUGGAGAGCCUUCUUCAUCAGAAGUACAACGAAGCAACAGACCGCCUGCUUAAAUCUGCUAUUCUGUACGAAGAUUUUGACACCGGAAAUAUGCAGGUGGUCAUAAAGGAUAAAAAUGUUACUUUCUGUAUUUGGGGCAAUCUGAAGAAGAAAAUAAGAUUCAAGAAUCAUGUCUUUGGUGACACCCAUCAUGGAUUUGAUCUUCCAAAGUCACUGGCUGUGAGCAGCGUUGCUGUUCGCAUAUUUCACACCCACUACGACCACGUAUCUCCGCUUUGGCUGCGGUGUCCAAGAGUGACAAGAUUGGAAGACUUGGAUAGCGAAGAGACAACUCAGCAUUCACAAGACAGUGUAGGAGAACCAGGAGAAAAGGAAGCCAGAGAGGAGCCCAACGUGACUGCAGAAAAAGAAAUACCUCCUGAAGAGAGAAAUAGUGCCGCUUCAGUUAGAGAAGAUACAAAUGUCACAGCCAAUAUAAAUGAGGUGACAAAAGAGGAAAAAACAGAGAAGGAAUCAGAAAUCUUGGAUGUACCACCAGAAGGUCAAAGUCCAGAGAUGCAGGAAAAGACCAGUGAAGAAGAGGAGAUAACUGAUGAAAGCACUAAAGAAAGCACUAAAGAAAGCCCUGUUGAUAUGCAACAAUUUGCCCCUGUGGGUGGUGUGUUUCACAUCGAUGGGCUGCAACUUCCACCUCAGGUCCAGCAAAUCAACAGCUGGAGUGCGGUGGAGUUACUCGAUGAUGGCUUGGAGACAUACCCGUAUCCCCCAGAAGAGCCUGAAGGUACCACACAUCCACCAAUACAGAUAACACUCAGACCACCUGGCAACGUGUUCUACUUGAAGGAGCCUCUGAUCGCCCGAUGGGAUCCUGCAGGCCAACAGUGGAGAACGGAUGGCAUCAGCAACAUAUCAUAUCAAACACAGGAGGGAAACAUCACUUUUGAGAUGGAUGCCUUUUAUACAGUAGCAUUUCUCCAGGACAAUCACAUCAAUAUGCCAUACCAGGCAUGGGAAUUGCAACCCACCAGUACAGAUGAAGCAGUAUUUGUCAUUACUACAGUCUUUGCAGAGGUUAAGAUACAAAUUAAGGGUAAUCAGUGUAAGCUGGCUGCAAUAGUGGUGAAAGAGAAGAAGGUGCUCCCCCAUUUGGUAGGAAAAUGGAUGUGCCCAGUCACCUUAAAAAGAAUUUUGAAGAAGUAUGGUCUGAAUAUUUUCCCAGAAGAGUAUUCAUACAAAUACGCCGGUGUGAACCAAAAGGCUCCCUUAACAGAAUUUAAGGCAUAUCAACAAAUAGCCCUGGUUGCAUCCGCUUUUGCUUUUGGCAGGAGCAAGUGGAAUCUGGAAUCAGGUCAAGAUCAAGUAGUGUUCAAGGUAAGUGAGCAUCUUAAUGCAGAUUCUGUCAAAGAUGAAGACUGGUCUGUUUACAUGUUUAAUGGUCGGAGAGCACAGAAGCUCAAGAUCACUGAAGAGAGUGAAGCUUUUUCAGAGGAACUAGAAGAAGAUACUGAAUUUCACUCCACACUCUACCACAUGCUGAAAGAUUUUGCCAGCAAAGAAGCAAUUGAUAAAGUGAAUACAGCUCACUUUCAGUUUGUUGAUGUUGUCUAUCAGCUGCUCCUCGAUACGAGAGUUUUAAUGUACUCUUAAAUACUUCAUGCUUUCAUUUAAAACUUUAUUAUCAAAAAACUUUCAAUAAAGUCACAUUUCAAGUCUUCAGUCUUUUUCUAGUCAAACUAUUGGAACAGCUUUAAUGACUAAAAUGUAACUAUCACAUCUGUAUUAAAAUAAAUUACGUAUUCUCUUGUG